GGUGCCGGUGCCGUGGUCUUGACGUCAGUCUACAUCACCGGGGCUCGGUCAGUCCCGGCGGCUCGUGUGAGGAGCAGGUCGGUGCGGAGAACCACAGCGUGCGACGGCGCCGCGUGACCCGACCUGCGAGCUCAGUUUGUGGACACACAGUGGAUAAAACCUCCGGAGCACUUCAGCGGGGCUUGCUGCGGACUCUCCCCGGUAGCUAGCUAAGCAUGGCGGCGACCACCACGUCAUAGAAGUCCUGACAGCGCCGACAGUUUGGAAACAGGAAAAGGAAGCAGCAGCAGACUGAGAAGAAGAAGAGGAGGAGGAAGCGUCAGAAAUACGACAUGGGCGAGACGGAGGACGAACGUACGGCGCAGGCCAGCGUUCUUUUUGAAAACUUCGUCCAGGCGUCCACGUGUAAAGGGACUCUGCAGGCCUUCAGCAUCCUCUGCAGGCAGCUGGAGCUCGAUCCUCUGGACUACAGCAACUUCUACAGUUCACUGAAGGCCGCGGUCAGCACAUGGAAGGUCAAGGCCCUGUGGACCAAACUGGACAAGAGGGCACAGCACAAAGUCUACAACCAGAAUAAAGCAUGCGAGGGCACCAGGUGUCUGGUCAUCGGCGGCGGCCCUUGUGGUCUGCGGACGGCCAUCGAGCUGGCCCUGUUGGGCUGUAAGGUGGUGGUGAUCGAGAAGAGAGACACCUUUUCCAGGAACAACGUGCUCCACCUCUGGCCCUUCACCAUCCACGACCUCCGAGGACUCGGAGCCAAGAAGUUCUACGGGAAGUUCUGCGCCGGCGCCAUCGACCACAUCAGUAUCCGUCAGCUCCAGCUGAUGCUGCUCAAAGUGUCUCUGAUUCUCGGGGUGGAGAUUCACGUCAACGUGGAGUUCCUCAAACUGGUGGAGCCGCCGGCGGAGCAGAGCGGCGACAGUCCUGGUUGGCGAGCCGAGGUGCGGCCCUCCAGCCAUCCCGUCUCAGAUUUUGACUUCGAUGUGGUGAUCGGAGCGGACGGACGCAAAAACACAUUAGAUGGUUUUGGUCGCAAAGAGUUUCGAGGGAAGUUGGCCAUCGCCAUCACGGCUAACUUUGUCAACAGGAACACGACAGCAGAGGCCAAAGUGGAGGAGAUCAGCGGCGUGGCGUUCAUCUUUAACCAGAAGUUCUUCCUGGAGCUCAAAGAAGACACGGGGAUCGACUUGGAGAACAUUGUUUACUACAAAGACAACACGCACUACUUUGUGAUGACGGCGAAGAAGCAGAGUCUGCUGGACAAAGGCGUCAUCAUAAACGACUUCAUGGAAACGGAGCGACUGCUGAGCGCUGACAACGUCAACCAGGAGGCUUUGCUGUCUUACGCCCGCGAGGCGGCUGACUUCGGCACAAACUACCAGCUGCCUUCUCUGGACUACGCCAUCAACCACUACGGGCAGCCGGACGUAGCCAUGUUCGACUUCACCAGCAUGUACGCCUCAGAGAACGCCGCCCUGAUCCGGGAGAAGCACGGACAUCAACUCGUGGUCGCGCUGGUGGGAGAUAGUCUGCUUGAGCCCUUCUGGCCGAUGGGUACCGGCUGCGCUCGAGGCUUCCUGGCAGCUUUCGACACCGCUUGGAUGGUGCGGGGCUGGACACAGGGCAGGAGUCCUCUGGAGAUCCUGGCAGAGAGAGAGAGUAUCUACCGGCUUCUGCCUCAGACCACCACGGAGAACAUCAGUAAAAACUUUGAGCAGUACGCCAUCGACCCCGCCACCCGCUACCCCAACCUGAACUCCAGCUGUGUACGGCCACACCAGGUGCGUCACCUCUUCAUUGAUGGUCAGCACGGUUCGAGUCACCUGGCACCCGUCCGUAGAUCGGUGAACCUAUCCAGAAGAGAGUCGGAGGUUCGUCCCGGCCGGCUGCUGACCUGGUGUCAGAAGCAGACUCAGGGCUACAGAGGGGUCGACGUCACCAACCUCACGUCUUCCUGGAGGAGUGGCCUGGCCCUGUGCGCCCUCAUACACCGCCAGAGGCCUGAACUCAUCGACUACGACUCUCUCAACGACGAGGACGUGGCGGGGAACAACCAGUUGGCGUUCGACUUGGCCGAGCGAGAGUUCGGCAUCCAGCCGGUGACCACGGGUAAAGAGAUGGCGGCGCAGGCCGAACCGGACAAACUGCUGAUGGUUCUCUACCUGUCCAAAUUCCACGAGGCCUUCAGGAACUCGACGGGAAACAACAACGGUUCGAGAGAACGAGACGAGAACGGUGAAGAAUAUUCGGCCAAACCAAACCUCAAACUGGUGAACCAGCCUCAGCCCAGGAAGAGGAUCCCGGGGGAUGACAAGAAACUGGAAGACGAUUCUGUUAACAAGAGACGGCGAAAGGGCAACCACUACCUCAGCGAGCUGUCUUGUCACAGUGCGCCCCCUGCUGGUGAGGACGGGGAACUGCGGGAGAACAAGGUCCGCUCCAUGGCAACUCAGCUGCUGGCCAAGUUUGAGGAGAACUCGUCGAGCGGGAAGAUACGCAGCAAGUCUGAUGAGGAUCCAUCCUUUUCUCCUCCUCUGUCCCCUUCCACCUCCCCACCUCCUCUCUCAGAGGAGGAGGAAGAGGAGGAUGAGGAGGACGAGGAGGACGAGGAGAGAGAAAACCCUCGUUUCGCAAAGCCCAAGGACGUCCCCGCUCCUCGUCCUCUUGCUCCCUCUCGGCCCAAAUGGCAGCCUUCCAUCUACCUUCGCUUACUGGAGAAUCCGGGCGCCGUAGCUCAAGAAACUACUUUCCUUUAUUCCCCCAAAUCUCCUUCACCUCCUCCGAGCGGCUGCAGUCGUUCUCCCUCGCCGUCGCGCUCUAAGAGUCCGUUCAGUCCUCCCCGCUCGCCGAGCCCUAACGUUACCGAACAUCACUACCCAGAACGCACCUCUGCCGCCCUGACAGCCAAUCAUUUCUCUGCUGCGGAUAGCGAUGAGAGGUCGGCGGAGUCGGCGAAGCAGCAGCAGAGGCCGUCUGCCAGAGGAUUUUCAGGGAGGAGCAUCAAGGAGCGAGCCGUCCUCCUCUCCUCCAUGUUUCCUGGGUCCAACAAACCUCCUCCUGCUCCUCUCUCUGCUUCUCCUCCUCCUCCUCCUCCUCCUCACUUUCAGGUGGAUGUACCUACAUCUCCUCCAUCUGUUUCUGUAUCUAAGAGCUCCACCAUCUACCCUGUAGUCCACCCCGUCCCUGAUCCCACCGCCCAGGCUGGUUUCUCCUCCGUCCCCCAUGAGGACAAGAUACACAAAGACUGCUCGUCUCUCUCGUCUCACGCUGAGCGAACCUCCUCGCUUCAGGACGAUUCCUCCGAAUGUAACAACCAAACGUCGAGCGGACGUUCUCCGUGUCGCUUUGAGGACAGUCAGGAGGUCUCGUCUCCACGCUCUGAUACAAACUGUGAAAACGGACACAGCAGCUCGUCCUCACGUCCACUUUGUUUACAACGAGGGGACAACUGUGAGAGGACGAGUGAACGUGAGCAGGAGGAACAGCUGAGCGCUCAGGAGACGUUAGACCAUGAGAACUUAGCUGAAGACACCAAGUUCAACGGGAGCUGCGUUCUUCAGAACCAGAGAAGAAUCGCUCAAAAGUCAUUCGCUCGCUCUGAGAGUUGUCCGACUGGAGCUCCCAGUUACAGUAAAGAGCGAACAGUCGGAAAGGUUUCGUCAGCCAUAGAUGCUAAAGCUCAGCUUCUGGCCGUCCUCUAUGAGACCGACCACAGGCCCAAUACCACGCCGUGCGUUGUACGUAAGGACUUCCCUCCCGGGCUCGGCGGCAGUGACGUCUGCCACUUCUGCACCAAGCGGGUGUACGUGAUGGAGAGGCUGAGCGCCGAGGGCUACUUCUUCCACCGCGAGUGUUUCCGCUGUGACGUCUGCAACUGCACCCUCCGUCUGGGAGGACACACCUUCGACUCGCAGGAGGCAAAGUUCUACUGUAAGAUGCAUUACGCCCAGCGGCAGUCCAGUACUCACAUCGGGAGGUUCAGGAGGAGAAUGGACGAACGAGUCACGUCCUCGUCGUUGGACAGAGGGAGCUACUCGGUGACGGACAGCGUCCAGAUCCAGCCUCCAGGUGCGACGUCCGACUUGCCUGAGCGAAGACUUCCUGAAGACGCGGAGAUGGCGGUCGAUGCUCUGGAAGCUUGCUGCGCUGUCAAACCCGCAGAGGCCAAGAGCCAAAGCCAGGACGGUACGAAAGAUCGCUCUAACGCCAAACAGAAUCAUCGCUGGAGACGGAAGAUCAAGGCGACGUUCCCUCUCAUCUUCAUCAAGCACUUCCAGAGGAGCUGCCCGGUGGACAGAGAGGGACCAGAGACCGUCCCCGAAGCCGACUCCGACUUCGAGGAGAUCGCUCCAUCUGAAAAGCAAACGAAGUCGGAGACAUUGGCGGAUACCCAGAAUCCCUCAAAGCCAGGCGAGAAGAGGGAAGAGCGAUCGUCUACCCCGAAGAAACGCUUGAUGUUAUCGCACACGGCGAAGGAGAAGCUUCUGAACUGGGACGUACUGGUUGCACCAGAGGAAACUGUGACUGACAGCAAAAUCACACAUCAACAUAAAGACCAGGUACAAGCAGAUAAGUCUCAGACAGACUCGAGCCAGGACGGGGAACCAUCCCAGAGCCAACCCUCUGCCUCGUCGCCCUCAGCCUUCCAGCUCAUCGCCAACGCCUUCAGGAGGACAUUUAGCGUGACCAAUCCCUCCAACAGCUCCAGCGCUGCAGUCACAAUGAGGCCCAAACACGACGGCCCUCGCAAACAGAGGCCCAUGUCAGAGGGAACGUUCAGUUUCAGCUCCCUGUUCAGCACCGCCGGUCCAGAACCAUCCAGAGACGAGAAGAAGCCCGGCAAGCGUGACGCUCGGUUGGCGUCGGUAGGGGCCGACCCGUGGGGGGCCGGCCGGGAUCUGCCCUCCCUGCUGCAGCAGGUUUCCCUGAAGGGAAACCGCAGAGACUCCGGAGGCGUGUUCUUCGACGACUUGGCUUCGGCGCCUCGCAGGAAGCUCAACUUGUUUUCAUCCCUGAGGCUGAGGAAGAGGGAGGAGUCAGAGAGCGACGGGCAGGACCAGGAGGCGCAAAAGGAAAUCAGGACGAUACUCACCAACCUCAGAAACAAAGCUUCUUGUCAACAGAAUCUGCCCGAGUCUUCCUCCAGUGACGACGAAAACGAAAACCAGACAUCCAGUCAGAAGCUUUGUCCACAGAGACAGAGGAGGAGGCACGAGAAGACGGUGGCCCAGCAGGCUAAACGAGAACAGCUGAAGAGGCUACACAGAGCUCAGGCCAUCCAGAGACAGCUGGAGGAGGUGGCAGAGAAACAGACGGAUCUGGAGGAGAGAGGAGUAGCUAUAGAGAAGAUCAUCAGAGGAGAAACAGAAUCAUCUCAGGCACAGGGAGACAGUGACGAGGCUCAGCUCUACCAGUCGUGGUUCAAACUCGUCUUGGAGAAGAACAGAUUGGCGCGUUAUGAGUCUGAACUCGUGAUCUUUGCUCAUGAGCUCGAACUGGAGGACACGCAGAGCCGACUGCAGCAAGAUCUACGCCACCGGAUGGCCAUCGAAGACACAAAGAAGAGCGCCUCCGAGCUGCAGGAGGAGCAGCAGAUCCUGGCGGAGAUCAUGAGGACGGUGGAGAAGCGAGACAUGUUGGUGUCCGUCCUGGAGGAGCAGAGGCUGAAGGAGCGGGCCGAGGACCGAGACCUGGAGAGCCUGGUGCUGUCCAAAGGAUACGAGCUCCACUGGACCCAGGCCGACGACGGCUGGGGGCCCGACAAGAUGGAGUGACCGAUCUCCAGAUAACAAAGCAGAGCACGUCUGAGCUGCAGGACGAGCAGAUCCUGGAGUCUGUCCUGAAGGAGCAGAGGGAGGCUGAAGGAGAGGACAAGGACCUGGAGAUCUUCACUGGGCCGAGGUGGACGACAGCUGGAGCGACGUCCAGCCACACGGUGGUGAAAGCCUGAACCUCACUUUGUGCUGAUCUCGGAGAAAGACUUCCUCCACAGCCAUGAAGAUGAUUUGACCUCUGAGCUCACAGGUGUGAUCUGUCGUAGCUCGGCCUCACACACAUUUUUCAGUACACCUCAUUAACGGUCGCUUGCCUUUUAAUUAUUGUGACGCAUUUGUCGUUAACACUGUAAAGAAGCCUCACUGGAAAACACACGGAGCGUGAUCUUUGUCCUUAAUCCAGAGAUGUACUUUAUGUAAUUCACCCUGUGUGUGUUUAAACUC